AUGGGAGAUGAAGCCAAGGAUGGCGUAGGAGGGCUAGCAGAAGCCAAGGAUGGCGUAGGAGGGCUAGCAGAAGCCAAGGAUGGCGUAGGAGGGCUAGCAGAAGCCAAGGAUGGCGUAGGAGGGCUAGCAGAAGCCAAGGAUGGCGUAGGAGGGCUAGCAGAAGCCAAGGAUGGCGUAGGAGGGCUAGCAGAAGCCAAGGAUGGCGUAGGAGGGCUAGCUGAAGCCAAGGAUGGCGUAGGAGGGCUAGCUGAAGCCAAGGAUGGCGUAGGAGGGCUAGCAGAAGCCAAGGAUGGCGUAGGAGGGCUAGCUGAAGCCAAGGAUGGCGUAGGAGGGCUAGCAGAAGCCAAGGAUGGCGUAGGAGGGCUAGCAGAAGCCAAGGAUGGCGUAGGAGGGCUAGCAGAAGCCAAGGAUGGCGUAGGAGGGCUAGCAGAAGCCAAGGAUGGCGUAGGAGGGCUAACAGACCAGGUGCAGAAGCUUGGAAUGAAUGCGAGGUGA